CCUCUUGUUAAACGGAGAUACGGAGCGCCGUUUCAAAUCCUAUAGCUGGUAAAUAGACACGGAAGAAAGGAACAAAGCGGAGUCGGAGAUGAAAUGAUCCUUUCGAAAGCCAAAACAAACCUUUAUUGAUCUCUGAGUACUGAGAGUAAAUAAAGAUUCUUUAAAUUGCAAAGAUAGAUGAAUUCUUUGAGCUACAUGGAUAAGCAAAUCACUGAAUUUCCCAAUUCUCAAAAACCAACUUUCUUUAACGAUGACGAUGAUAAAGAAACAGAGGAAAAUGAUGAUCAAGAUCAUAGCUUUCACUUCCACCCAUUUCACUCUUUACAGUCCUCUACCAAAGCUCUAGAUGGGAUACACCUCAGGGGUUGGAGUUCAAUGGACCAUAUUGCUUCUAAUAAAUUAUCUGAUAACGAAGUUGGGACUUCCAGCAACGCAGAAUUGAUUUCCAGGAUUGAUCAAAAGUUGAAAGAACAUAUAGAUAUUUUGCUACAUUCAGUGGAGUAUCUAAGUGCACGAGUAUCUCAGAUGGAAACUAGAGUGCGCCAAGUAGAAAUUUCCUUUGAUGGUUUGAAGGAAUCAAUUGAAUUUAACCAUGGAAAAACUGAUGGAAAGCUAUGGGAACUAGAGAAUAUUCUAACAGAGGUUCAUGGUGGUAUCAAAGAUUUGAGGGAUAAACAAGAGAUAUCAGAGGCUCAAGUUCAGAUGGCAAAGCUUCAAGUAUGCAAGGAUGCCCAACAACUGGAAAAGCAAAAUAGCAUUGUUCAACUGAGUUCACAUACAGAAGCAUCAUCAUCAGUUUCUCAGCAAUCCAACCAACCACUGGCAAUUCCAGUUGUUUGUCCACAACUCGCUCUUGCUUUCUCUUCUAGUAUGUCAAACAUGCCUCUGCAAAAUCAUUGUCCAACAACACCUGCAGCCCCACGGCUUGCCACACCUUCAGCUUCUCACCUGCACAUUGUUGCAGCAACAGCACCACAGGUUCCUACUCAGUUACCCCAGAACGCCAUUCCCUCUGUUUCUCAGCAAGAACCUUACUACCAACUGCCAAUUUCAACUCCAGGAACCAGUCAUCAACAAUAUGUGCCUCCAACUCAGCAGUCACAGCAAUCACUUCAUCUUCAUCAGCCUUAUCAACCACCACCUCAUCUUCCUUUAAACUCACAUCCACCUCAGUUGCAUCAAGUGCGCCUACCCAUCACAGUUGUUGAUCCUCGAGUCAACAGCUAUCAUCCUGAGGAACUUCCUUAUGCCCCAUCUCAUGGCAUACAGAAACCCUCUCAGUUGCAUGACAGGCCUCACCCUCCCCAAGUUUUCGAUGUUGGUUCUACUCAUCGAACACAUGGUUGUCAACCCUCAAACUUCUUUGAUUCAGAAUCUGCUUCUGCAAAUCUGAGAGGACAGGGGCUACAACCACGAGGAUAUGAUAAUACUGGGGAUUAUUAUUAUAUGCCUACUCACAGUGGCACUUCAACUUUGAAACCCUUGCAACCAUCAUUAUCUCCUCCAGUCACCACUGAUGAUCUAAAUUACUCAAGAUUACCAACUGCCCGCACAUUACCUCAUGCUAUUCCAACGGCUUCUGCUGUAGACGGUGGAUCAAGCUCUGGAGGGAGUGGAAACAGGGUACCUGUUGAUGACGUUGUUGAUAAGGUUGUUGGUAUGGGAUUCCGUAGGGACACAGUCAGAGCAACAGUGAAAAAACUGACAGAGAAUGGACAGUCAGUCGACCUGAAUGUCGUGCUGGAUAAGCUGAUGAACAAUGGGUAACCCCAGAAUUCUUGGUUGGCAUUGAAGCGUUGUGCUGCUAUCAAAUGUUGUGUUUGAUAUUGUUCUUUAAGGCUAUAUUGAGAGGUUUACACCGUAUCUUUUUAGUUGUUUGGUAAGUUGGAAAAUGUAACUGGCACAGAUAUUUGAUUGUCGAUUGUGAAUGUGCAUAUCUUAGUUGCCGUUCCUGUGCA